GAGCAGGUUCAGGGUUGACGAGUAACGGUGCCAGCCCAGCCCGGCCCUGUUACACCGUGACACAGCCUGGAGUCAUGCUGCCAUUAAAGGAGAAGGAUAAACCCGUCAUCCAGAAGCUGCUGUCGGCCGGCUGCUGCGCUCGCUGCAUCCUCAGGUUCUGCUGUGUGAGCGUCCAGGCUGCCUACCGACAGCCCCAUCAGGAUACACUCAAGGAACUUCAGGCUUUCAUCAGCAAUACAGAGAACACCAAAUCCCAAGAUUCAACAGCAGCAGAGUCCGCAGAAGGAAACAACAAAUCCCUUGAUGCAGCAGCAUCAGAAACAUCUGAAGAUCCACCAAGUAAAAGAGCAAAACUGGAGCCAAGUGUGACUGAAGCUCCGUCAGAGGAAGACGCUGCUGCUGUGCUCAAACUGAAGGAUGAAGAGUCGCGUGUGUGCGUGGUGUGUUUGGGAAUCCUUCAGGAACUGUGUGGCAACACUCAGGCUGUAAAGAUAGCUGAGGCGGUGAAGGCAGAGAAGUAUGAGUUUGACACCUUGGUGCUGUCUGUGUCUCUGCCUGCUCAGCUGUGUGUACGAGAGCACUCCUGUUGGCUUCAUGUGAAGAAGGAAUUGAGAGAGAAGAGCAUGGCGCUCGACAAGGAUGAUGUCAUCCAGGUGAAGGAGGCCUUCAAGUGGAUCAUGCAGGGCCAGGUCGCCAAGGAGCUGGGGGGCGUUGCCGUGGUUACGAGAAGUUCGUUCGAGGUCGGUGUGGAGUUCACUCACCCAGAUACUGACGCCGACUGCCACUUCCUAGCAACAACAUGUCCAGACUGCUUCAAACCCACCAAGAACAAACAGUCGGUGUUCACCAGGAUGGCGGUGGUCAAAGCUCUGGAAAAGAUAUCUGACGCCAAAUUUCUGAAACACUACCCUUGUCCACCAGCGUAUCCGACCAGCAGUUGUAUUUCUCAGGACAUCCAGUGCCUCCACGUGUCUGUCUUUGUGGCAGGGAGGUACAACAAGUUUUGUCGCAGUCUGCCUCAGACUCCUUGGGUGAUCGAUGGAGAGAGGAGGAUGGAGUCCUCGGUGGAGGAGCUGAUCGCAGCGGCCAUCCUGUCUUCCUUCAGAGCCAGCGGUUUUAAUUUCUCUUCAUCUGGCAGGGAGGACGUGGACGUCCGGACUCUUGGAAACGGUCGUCCGUUUGCGAUGGAGCUGCUGAAUCCUCACAGAUCCAGACUGAACAAAGUAGAGAUGAAGCAGCUACAGGAGACCAUUAACAAGUCUUCAGACAAAAUCAGGGUGAGAGACCUGCAGAUCGUUACCAGAGAGGCCAUGGGUCGGAUGAAGGAGGGAGAGGAGGAGAAAACAAAGUCAUACACGGCGCUCAUCUGGACUCAGAAACCUAUUCAGAGGGAAGACAUCAGCUUCAUCGACGACAUCAAGGAUCUCACUCUGGAUCAGAAGACUCCUCUGAGGGUCCUGCACCGGCGAGCGCUGGCCGUUCGUCAGAGAGUCAUCCACAGCAUGAACACCCGCUUCCUGGACUCUCAUCACUUCUACCUAGGGUUGAAGACACAAGCCGGGACUUACAUCAAAGAGUUUGUCCACGGAGACUUUGGUCGCACCAAACCCAACCUGUGCCAGCUGCUGAACACAGAUACAGACAUCCUGGAGCUGGAUGUGGAGUCUGUGGAUGUGGACUGGCCUCCGUCCAUACCAGAGUGAACUGGUGGCAGCGGCGGCUGAUCUCACUGAGCUCUACACCAAACCCUCAACCAGGAUCAGAGUGUCUUAGGCUGAAAACAAACAGCGUAGAAGCUGGUUGGAGGUGAAACAUGAAGUCCAGUCACGCAGUCUUGCUUCUGCUGCUGCUGCUUUGUGGUCUGUCCAUGUUUUAGUUCUGGAUUUGUUCAGUUGUACGACUGGAAAACACGUCCUAGUGGUCUCUUUCUGUUAUGAUCAGUUUCGACUGUAAGUCUGCAACCAAAUGAAGCAGUAAUGCUCAUUACAGCAGAACAGUUUUAUUUUGUUCAACAACAUCAAAAUGUAGUUUGUUUGUGUUUUUUUAAAUAAAGUUUGUGGACAGAGGUGAAACAAGAAGAACCUAAACCUAAAGUGUGCUGUACAGUAACAAAUUUAGGACAUAACUUUCCUUAUGCAAUCCUGUUACCCAGCAGCAGGUUGUAUGAUCAGCAUCUUCCAGGUUUUUAUGGCCAGAAUUAUAAAAUAUUAGAUAAAUCUGAUAUUUCCACAACACACUUCAAGAUAAAAAUGUAUCGCCUCAACUUUUGUUGUCAUGUUAUUGUUGCAUGGUGGGGGCACAACUUCCAUACCUCAGCAGUUCACCAUUACCCGUACCUGUCAAGUGUCUGCAAAUUAUUUUUCAUAGCAAAACAAUAACACAUUAAAUCAUUUUGAAUCUCAAUACUUUUUCAUGCUAUUCUAAAUGUGUAAUGACAAAACUGUCGUUGAUGGGUCCCUGCCCCGACCGUUGAAUGAAGCAUGAAGUACAUUUCCUCUUUUCAUUAUCGAUGAAUCUGUCAGUCACUUUCAGGCGGCACAGUGGAGCAGUGGUUAGCACUGCCGCCUCACGACAAGAAGGUUCAAACUAGUUCCUGGGCCUUUCUGUGUUCUCCCUGUGUCUGUGUGGGUUCACUCCAGGUACUCUGGCCAAAGACAUGCACUAUGUGAGCCUGUCCAGGGUGUACCCCACCUUUCGCCUUUAGUCAACUAGGAUAGACUCCAGCCCUACCAUAACCCUAAUGGAUUUUCCUGAUUAGAUGUUUAAGUGUCAAAAAAUGUGGAUAGCUGAUUCCUGAGCCCUAGGUGACAUCCUUAAAUGUCUUGUUUCUUCCACAACUCAAAAAUAUACAGAAAACAUUCACAUUUGAGGAGCUGAAAUCAGAGAAUUUGGAUACUUUCUCUUAAAAAAUGACUCAAAACACUGGAUCAAUUAUCAAAGUAGUUGGCAAUUAAUUCAAUAGUUGAUCAUCAGCUGAAUCAAUUAAUUGUCUAAUCGCUGCAGCUCAAAUGCUCGUCCCCUCUGAAGGGCAGAAAAAGAUUUUUAAAAAAUAAAGAGUCACGACAGCAGAAACCCUGAAAUGUAUUUCUUUUAAUUUAAUUCAAAAUAAAUACUACCACGGCAAUGCAAGUCCACUACUGGGUUCUUGCCCUAAUGUUUUGGUAAGAAAACAAACAAGCAAACGAUCCAAAAAAAAAAAAAAAGAAGAAUAAAAAGAGACUUCAGUUAAUGCAUCCAUCAUCAAUCAUCAUCAUCAUCAUCAUCAUCAUCAUCAUCAUCCUUCAGCGACUUUCAAGAGGUGCCUUUUUUAAAGACAAACAAGGUAACACUGCCUAGAAUGACAAACAUAAAUAAAACAAAUACUAUGGUACAAAAAGAGGAGAGAAGAAGGAGCAGAGGAUGAUGGGAUUGGAACAACCCGAUGAAACCAGCACUGCAAAAAAAAAGAUAAAUAAAUAAAAGUCAGCCAUGGUCCCACUUUUUUUUUUAUAUUUUUUUCUUCUUAAAGAGGGUGAAGGGAAACAGAAAUGACAGUGCAGACUCCACAGUUACAGUGAUGUCCUCUCAGGAACUCAGGAGUCGAUCAUUUCGGGAACCACAGUGACAAAAGGAAGGCGGGGGUGGGGUUUGUCUCCAUGGAAACAUCCUCCGUGGACGAUAAGUCGAGUUGGUACAUCAACCCGUGGACAAACAAAAAAAUAAAAUCAAUGGAAGGGUCCAGUCUUUGACACGGCCUUUAUUUUUUUCUUCUUUUUGAUUUUUUUUUCUUAAAUGCAGGUUUUGAGUCGUUGGUGGUGGUGGUUGUAUUUUUUCGGUCACUAUUCUCAUCAGCAAGCU